AUUUUUAAAUCAUUUAUCAAAAUGACGUUUAUUAUAACAAUGUGUUAAUUCAGUGCGUUAUCCUUUACUCGAAACAACAAUUCUUAUAUUGAAUAACACAAUGAAACAAGCAACCGUUUUUUGUCUCAUUUUAGAAUUGCUAGUUAUAAAGGCGGAAGAAUUGCAAACCCACGAGCGGUAUCAAAUAGCUUCACAAUGUAUUGAAAUUGUCGGAAUUGACCAAAAGGUUGUAGAGGAUGCAAUGACUAAAGACAUACCCAAAAACGAUAUCAAAUAUAAAGAAUUUUUAGCAUGUAGUUACAAAAAACAAGGUUACCAGAAUGAAAACGGAGAAAUUCUAAUGGAAAAUAUCAAGAAGUUUUUGCAAAAGUAUUAUGAUUCUUCAGACCUACAGGAACUGAAUGCUUGCUCCGGCUAUAAUAGUACAAAUCACGCAGAAAACGCAUAUCAAGCUCUUCAGUGCAUAUACAGUCGACUGAGUAAUAUGACAGUAGUACAUACGUAAAUAAAUGACACAAAUUAAAGGUGAAUCAAUCUGUGAUUUAUUUUGGUUAGAACAAAAACGGUGUAAUAAAAUAAAAUAUUAAGGUACAAUGGAUCUUGAUACUGAUUAAACGUUGUGUAUGUAUACAUUUCACUUAGUAAUGUAAAGGCACUGUGAAAUGUAUACUUACAAAAAUAAUUAUACUAAAAAAAAUGACCUCAGAUGGCCUGUUCAAGAUAAGUAAUAUCACUGGAGCCACUUUAGCCUUCUAACUGUUUUUACGUACAAAUCUAUCUGAUUUUGUGAUUCUAUUAUUCAUUGUAGUAUUAAUAAGAUUUUAACUGCAGCAAGACGCCGGAUUGGGAUCUUUGCCGGACCUCUUAGUAAUGUUAAUUCUUGUAAAUUCUUCAGCAAUUGUUGGAUGAAUUCCCACCGUACUCAUCAAAGCAUUCACAGUCAAGUUACACCUAAAGAAGUAUUAUUACAUAAGCUGUUUUAUCACUAAAGACUAAACUCACUUCAUAGCUGCUGCGAAUCCUUGGAUUACUUCUCCAGCUUGCGGCCCAAUAAAGUGCAUACCCAACACCUGUUGUGGACCUUCACGUUUAGCAACAACUUUCAAAUAGCAAUGAGCAAUUGAACGUUGUGGAAUAAAGAAUUCGGUUGGUUUGUAGUAUGCAUGAUAAA